UGAUUAAUAUUCAAAGCAAACUAAUGAUGCAGAACGAGGAAAGCUGUGAACUUUUAGUGAAGUGAUGAGUGGACGGUUUCAUAUAAACGAAGAGAAGAAGACAAGUCCUCAGAAAACAACCAGAUUCUUCUUCAUCCAACUUCAACAAGUGAGGAAACAGACAGAGACGAUGAUACGUCACCUGCGCAUGAAGGAACAAGACGAGAGCGUCCAAUGGGCUGACGAGCCUCAGCCUGUCCCUGUCUCAGGUGUCUCCAGGUUGAGACGUUGGAUAGUUCCUGCUGUCUCAGUGACAGUCAUCCUGGUUCUGAUCAUUAAUCUGGGAGUUAGCUAUGUGACGACGUCAUAUCGUCUGUGGUCUGUAGAGACGAGAGUUUCCAACCUGAGCAACGUUAUUGAGACACUUAGCGCCUCACUGCAGAACGCUCAAGAUGUGACAACGUCAAAUCGUCUGCGGUCUGUAGAGACGAGAGUUUCCAACCUGAGCAACGUUAUUGAGACACUUAGCGCCUCACUGCAGAACGCUCAAGAAUCUGCUGAAGAAGCUCAGCGGCUGCAUUCUGCUGUGGAGGACCGGCUGACCUCAGUGUUGGAGGAGUUGAAAAAGCUGUCGGCCAUUGACUCUCUGAGCAGGAGUCCUACUUCGAUGAAAUGUUCCCUCAAACAAAUCAUCAACGACAGCUCAGGGUUGGAUGGUUGUUGUCCUCCUGAUUGGAAACUCUCUGGCUUGAGUUGUUAUUUCUUCAGCCGUUCCCCUUUGUCCUGGAAUGAUUCCAGAGCCUGGUGUGAGGAUCAAGAAUCUCACCUGGUCAUACUCUCCUCGGACAGGGACUGGGACUUCGUGACCCGUCACAGUGUUCCUGAUUUUUUCUGGGUGGGUCUCAGUGAUUGGAGAACUGGAAUGUGGGAGUGGGUGGACCAGACUCCGUACUCCAUGGACAGCAGACGGUGGGGACCGGGUCAGCCUGACAGCUGGACCGGUCACGGCCUCGGGCCCGGAGAUGAAGACUGUGCUCACCUGCACAGGGACGGACGCCUCAACGACCGGCACUGCAUUCAUCAGAUGCGGUUCAUCUGCCAAAAGCUCAGCGGUGACCCUUGAGCAUCCGCCCCGGCUCCGCCCACACGCGUGUUCACAGAUCAAAAACUAGAACUAGAAUUAUCAGUGACGAGCGGCUGUCAGAACCAAAUAUAAACCAGAACCAAAGAUGUCUGACGUUAUAAUAAACAAUUUGGAAAAUAAGUGUUUUCCUCCCUUUUGUACAAAAUGCAGUGGAGUACACAAAGCUGCCAACUUGAAAGACGAGGAGGUUCCUCCGCCCCUCGCCUGCAUGUUCUCCACAUGUUGUUGCUGCUGCUCCACAUUAGAAACACUAUGUGUUUUUCUCUGUCAAUCUCGAGUUUCAAGUCUUCAACACAGGAUGUUCAUUUUGUAAAUUAUGGUCUAUUUAGAGUCAAAUAGAGCAUAAAGCUAGUGUUGGCGAGAUGAAGCAGUGACGAUUUCCAUCCAAUUGGUUCACUCAUGGGCUGAAGCAUCAUGGCGCUUCAUUUGCUCUACUGCAUCAUCAAUUGGACAAUACAUGUAAAACAGGCAGAGUGAUUAUAAUGACACCAUGGCUUUGGUGUGUGAAUUUGAAUUGAUUAAAUGAAUGAAUGAUGUUUGUGAUGCCAAUACAUACAUUAUGAACUCAUUAAUAUGGUGUCUGUCUUUAAGAUACAAUGGCGGGGUCAAAAGGGAAAGUGGAAACAAAUUGGGCAGAGGGUUGUGAUGUGAGUGUGCUUGUGUGACUUGGGACAACAUGUUACAUAAAAUAGGGACAUUUUAUACAUUUUUAUUGAAAAAUAACAUCUUUUCCACAGUGCUGGGUUACAGGCGGUUUAUUUUUUAUGCAAAAAAAUGUGCAAUAAACUCCCUAGUCCACAA